GAGAUAUGCGUCAUUGGGAUUUAUUUUUGGCUGAAAUGGAUUUGACAGGAAAAACUCUGUGAAAGGAACGAAUACUGGUUUAAUGCUAGGAAUGCUGGUUAAGAUCGGGAAAAGCAAUUCUCAGGAAUCUUUCCCCGAGACCCCAUGUUACGCGUUCCUCAUCCCAGAGGAAGAGCACUGUUUGUAGAGAAAUUGUGCAAUAAGUUCCUAUCAUGACUAUUCAUAGGUCUAUAGGGUGUAUAGUGACAAAAAUAAACAUAUGCACAGUAGCUAUGGUAUACAUUGUAUCAACGAAUGAAUAUGCAGUGAAACAUUAGCAUGGGACUUCCAUGUAAAGUCAGUUUAGUUGGGAUUUGGCAGUACACGAAUCAAGUUGAAAACAUGAGGCACUCGGGCUUUGUGCUGAUCAUUUUGUAUCUUUUUCACCAAGGGAUACCCUCACUCGCCAGAGGAUACCAGGAACAACAUUUGGCGCAGGAUGCUAGCAUCGCGGAGCAGUGCAAUGGCUAUUGUUUCUCAGUUCUCCAGCCCUUCCUCGAUAAUUUCAUCUAGUUGAAAAUGACAGGUGAUGCCAAUAAUGAAAUGAAAGACGAAAUUCAAUCAUUGAAGGCCACCGUCAACAAUUUGCAGAGCCAGUUACUAAAUAGUGUCGAGCAAAUGACGGGCCUCAAAGAGCAGGUGAAGGAGAUUUCUGCAGUGAAAGUUCAUCAAAAGGCGUAAAGUGUUCACGAAACAUGUCCCAAUGGUCCCUCAAGUGGCAUUUUCCAGAUAAAGAUUGAGGCAAUAAAGGAGCCGUUCCAAGUUCCCUGCGUGCCGUCUUCGUCUGGCUGGAUGGUCAUUCAAAGGCGCAUCGACGGCAGUACUGACUUUAAUCGCACCUGGAACGACUACAAGCUAGGCUUCGGAAACCUCCGGGAUAACUUUUUCCUGGGACUCGAAAAAAUCCAUCUAAUGACCAAAAACCAACCCCACGAGCUGUUCAUCCAACUUCAAGAUAUUAAAGGAACGACCAGCUUUGCUCAUUACAAGGAUUUUAAAAUAGGGAGCGAAAAGGAAGCCUACAAACUGAAAUCAGUGGGAAAAUAUUCGGGAACAGCCGGAGAUUCACUAACUGAACAUCACUUGAAUAUGAAGUUUUCCACCUUGGAUCGGGAUAAUGACAUUGAUGAGAAUCGAUAUUGUGCUGAUGAUCUGGGAGGUGGUUGGUGGUUUCGCGAUUGCGCAGACAGUUCCCUCAACGGAAAAUAUUAUGCAGAUGGUAAAAGUGCACCAAGUAAACAUGACGGAAUUCUUUGGGUUAGUUGGCAGCUCUAUGACUCGCUUACACGUACCCAAAUGAUGAUAAGGCCAACAUCCUAUUGUAGUUAAAUCAAUGUUGAAACACAAUUUUAGCCAGUGUUUAAAAAAUCCCUUCUUAAAAUAGCCUAAGUCGCAGUCGAAACGUUAGCAAAAACGAAAACUGUCGACUGCUUUCUGCAAAUUUUGAUCCUGAAUUUUUUUAUUAAUAAAAUUAAAUUGGAGAUAUGA